AUGUAAUGGAAACUGGAGGUCCGUCUGAAACGUGGAGAUUCAAAUGACUGAGACAAUAUGAGGACAAUGCUGAGAGAUUACGUAGGGAGGAGAAGACGCUGUCCCUUCAAGGGACAAAACGACGUCCAACACGUGUCUUAUAAGCGGUGGCGGAGGCGGAUCAUCCAGAGGAGCAGCAGUGAGGGUCCUGCUGCGAGUACACCGCUGGCCACUGGGCGGCACUGUGAGCCCAGCUUUGAGUUUGAUACAGUCUGCCAGAGACUGGAGCUGGACUCCCCACCGAGACACCAUGAACCAGGGCACAGGGUCCGACAGGGAAACCUUCAAGAGACAGCGUUGGUAGGACAGGCAUCUCACCGUGGCGAUGUCAUUCCAUUGAACACACCCCGCUUUGCAGAAAAUGCCACAGAACGGGGAUGGGUGUGGAGAGCGGCAGCUCAAGAACAUGCAAAUGCUCAACAGGCUGGUUCUGAUGAGAGAAGACAUGAGUUGCAGCCAUUCGCUGUUCUGGACAAAGCUUCUCUGAGUCUGCAAGGAAAGUCGGUGAUGGAGUUGGCGGCACCGUCACUGCUGAACGACUACUACACUAAUCUUCUCGACUGCAGUUGUAAUGGUAUGAUUGCAUUAGCACUGGGCUCUUCUGUUUACCUUUGGAAUUCAGAAACUCGUGCUCUGGUGGGAUCUUUGGACCCAGGACGACCAUCAGACCGUCAGUCCAUCUCGUGUCUGUGUUGGAGCAGAGAUGGCAGAUCUCUCUGCAUUGGGACCAGGCGAGGGGAGAUACAGUUGUGGGAUGUUGAACACCAGCAGAGUGUGAGAUGUCUGCUAUCACACCUGUCUGUGGUCAGAGCUCUUUCCUGGAAACAGCAGUUACUCAGCAGCGGCUCUGUUCUUGGACGUAUCCAUCACAUUGACCCUCGGGCUCCAACACCUCUGGUAGGCGCAGCCAUCCAGAAGGACGGGAUCUGCAGCCUUCAGUGGUCACCAGGAGGCGACUGGCUGGCCAGUGGCUCCACAGAAGGCCUUCUGUGUAUCUGGGAUGGUGACGUCACAGGGCUCACAAGGUUACAUCAGCCAAUCACUACAAUGAAACAACCCAGCACUGUUAAGGCAAUGGGAUGGUGUCCAUGGCAGAGAAAGAUGAUCGCUACCGGAGGGGGAUGGAAAGAUGGUGAGCUGAGAAUCUGGGACACAGAUUCAGGGACUUGUGUGACUUCUGCCAACACAAAUUCACAGAUCUGUUCUCUACAAUGGGCUGAAAAGAAGAGAUAUCUGGUUACAGGUCACGGCCUUCCUCAACACCACAUCACCUGCUGGAGCGGGGAGUUUCCUUCCCUCAGUCCGACCUACCAGUUCACAGGUCAUUCUCAGCGAGUCCUGCAUGUGGCCUUAAACUCUGACAGUACUCAGAUCUUCUCUGCUGGAGCGGACCAGCGCUUUCACAUCUGGGACAUAUAAUUAUCAACACCACCAAACAUGGAAGGUGAAUGUUGUUGAUAUCUGGCCAGACCUGUGUGAAUGUUCACAUACAAGUAGCUCAACUUCUUGGUAAUGCCAAUUUAUAGAGGAUGCCCAUUUUCUGAACUAACUAACCACUAGCCCAAUGAUUGAUUGAGAGAAUCGUAAUUAGAAUCUACCUGCAAUGAGAGGUACGCAAACCAGAGGUACCCAUACACCUCUAGUAACCUAUUAUCAGAUUCAAAUUCCACAAAGUCACGAAGUACAGUCAAAGUAAUAGGAUCGAGACUGCUAGCUCUAAAAGUAGACUUCAGGGUGGAGCUACAUAUCAGCAUUUUUAGCAGCUUAUAAAAGCUCAACACCUUCCUCCUGGGCUCCAGUUACGUUGUUCAACGUGUUCAGACACAUACUACACAAUCACUUGUCUUCUGUUCACCACAAUAAUCAUAAAGUAAAGAUUCAUUUUUUCAAAGGUGGUAGUGAUACC